CACAAAAACGACAAAAGGCCUCCGCUGCCGCCCCCAACGGGCACGACUCUGACGCAGAUGCCUCGAGCAUGGACGAGGACCGAGCAGAGUCUCAAAAGGGGGGAGAAACCUCUGGCACUGACGACGACGAAGCCUCCAGUUCCGCAGAGACCGACGACAUCCCAGACGGCACUCGAAGGACGAAAUCCAAAAAAACUCUAAAGCGAAAACGACGAGCUACGGAGCCCUCUCAGUUUGGUGCCACCCUGCUUUCCCUCCUCGACACCGCCGCACCCUCUUCACUCCCCUUAUCGCUCAAGCCCUCCAUAGCAAGACAGAAAAAUGACCAAAAGAUGGAAUCAAAGGCGAAGAAGGCGCUGCAGAUGGAGAAGAAGGAUAGGGAGGACCAGGGGAGGGUGAAGGAUGUUAUCGGUGGUUGGGGAGCGGAAAGCGAGAGGUCACUGCGGAAGGUGGCUCAGAGAGGUGUCGUCCAGCUGUUCAACACCAUCCAGCAGUCUCAAGCUGCAGCUGCAGCUGACGGACCCAAAACUUCGCUUGGGUCAGGAAAACAAUCACACUUGCUAUCCUCGACCAAAAAAGCAGCAGCACAAAAUAGAGGGAAACAUAAGGACGUUGUCGCAGGGAAAGAAGCUACGGUAGCAAAAAACGACUUCUACGACUUGAUUCGAUCCGGCGGGCUUGUCUCAAAAAAAUGAGAUCGUUAUAACGAUCUCGACGCCUUUUACGUGCUGGACGCAAUUGUACUGGCUUGCAUUGAUGGCUAUGUCACAGCCAGAGUUGACGUCCGGCCCGUGCAAGACAAGCUCUACUUCAGCAUCGGAGAGAGCUUAUUGUGGGGAGGUUACGGCUACUGAAGUACUGAAGUUUCUGGUGUAUGUAGGUCUCAUGCACUACUUUUUCGAUGGAUAAGAUAUCACCUCAGCUGAGUCAGUGCUCAGGGACAAAGAUUGGAAUACGACCACUGGUUACUCAUGCUCCAUAUUAUCUGGGGUAACUACUCAUUGUCCUACUUAAGCUUAGUGCAAGAACAUAGUGAAACCCGAUAAAUAACUAAAAGAAAUGAUCGUUCAAGGCUUCAAUUUACACUUGUUUACA